AUGCAAUCGAAUGUUCGAGGUGUCGACGCAAAGGCAUCAACUGCGAUCGCACGCACCCAAAGAUCCGGUUUCGUAAGACGCCAAAGGUCGACGCUCAGAUUCGCUUUCAGGAAGACCAGCCAUGGGUUGAGACGAACAGUCCGCUUCACACAUAUAUCUUUAAAGAUGAUCAAACCAUUCCCACUGACAGAUGUUAUCUUAGGGCAACUUAGAUACGUGGACGAGACUGGCAAGAUUAUCGCCACUCACGGUGAAAGCGACAAUGAAGCCGACUACGCAGAACUGGCUACUGCAGAAGAGCCUGAAUCCCAGAGUGAUGCUUCAGAUACUGAAAACGCCUGGGAGAAGGGCUCUCCACCCACAAGUGACACAGGGGAGGCACUCUCCGAGCGCCUCCUGCUGCACAACACAUUCAUCACAGACACUGGACAGAGCGAUCAGGAUCAACCUGCUAUAUCGUCGAACUGGUUGUCACCCAACGUGUCACGCUCGCCCUUCACAAUAUAUACCUCCAACGUCGGAACGGAUCAAACGCAUCUGCAAUGGAUGUCUCAUGUAACCGAGCCAGACGACUCGGCGGGAAAAUUGCUCGACAUUCAUCUCAACGAGGACAACGCGCCGGCGUCGAGAAAUGUCGGGAAUCAAGCCGCCUCGGCCCGUGACAGAGCUAUAUUCCUGAGGUAUUUCAUGCAAGAGCUCUCACCGUGGUUCGAUCUUUGCGAUCCUUACAGGCAUUUCGGUCAGGUGGUGCCGCAGAGAGCUCGAACGUCAGAAACCCUUCUGAACGCCAUAUGCACGGCAGCGGCGAGGCAUCUCGUUCGACUGCAGGAACACAAGAAAGCCGAUGACGCUCUCGAGUGGAACGGUCUGCUGUUACCGCACGUCGAACAAGACUCUGUGUGGGAAUACCAGAACGAAUGCAUUCGAGACCUUCUAAGGUUCAGCAUCGAUCCUGAACAGAUCCAGAAUGUUGACCUGCUGGCGGCAUCCAUCAUCCUGCGGACCGACGAGGAAAUCGACACCCCCUACCACGAGGGCAAAACUCCCAAGGACGUGUUCCUCCGUGUCACCGGCGCAUUCAUGGAAGCGCAGACGCCUCUGGUGGCCGCGAUACCGCACAGUUCCCCGCAAAUCUACAGCAUCAAGCCGGCCACAAAUUCAGCAGGGGUCCUGACGACAGGCGAAGUCGCAGAAGAGCGAUCAGACCUCCGUCCCAAGUCCCCUCUCAGUCCAACCACUCGAGAGCUGUUGACCACAGCUCACGGUUCUCAAGCAGAUGGACUCAGGCAGGCAUGCUUCUGGAUUGCGCUUCGACAAGAGCUUCAUGCUUCCUUCAUGACUCAACAGGCAUUCACAUUCCCGCUGUCCAAGUUUGAUUCCUUCCGAGACUUUUCCCCGGCGAUAGACGCCGUUUGGGCUGACCGCGUUGUCAUCUUUCAUGCCGAUGUCCUCGAGUUCUGUUACACGAUCCUACCGAAUCUUGGCGUUGAUCGCCAACGAUGGCUCAACUUGAAAGAACAGGCCGACUUCUUACAAUCGUCUUUACCGGCCUCUUUCAUCCCUAUCCAUGAGCAGGAAGGCUGUCUAGGACCUACUCGACUGUUCCCAGAGAUCUUGUACCUCGACACUUACCAUGUCACGGCUGCAGCGUAUGCCGAACUUACGAGGAUAUUGCUGGUCACAUUUGACCCAGGGCGGAAGAAACUGGGGAGCGGAUAUCUGGCCAGCCAACGAGAGGUCAUGGCGAUAUCAAAGACUGCUUGUGUCAAGCUCUGUGGCAUGGCACUCAGUAAUAAGCAAGCGCCACCUAUCCACCUCAAUGCCUGUGCAGCAGUCAUGCUGUGCGGGGAGUAUUUUGACAACAAGGUAGAGCAAGAGGCGCUUGUUUGGUUCUUGAAGAUGCUUGAGGAGAAUCUGGCCUAUCCUACCGCCAACUUGGUGGCGAAGCUGAUCAAAGCCUGGAAUUGGUGAUCCUUAACUGGAUACAAUACGUGGCGCUGACGAUGGAUGUGUCCAUAAGUCACGACCAGCCAUGUUGGUCCAGACUGUAUUGGUCCAUGGAGCGGACAUAGCAUCCAUCUCGACCAGUCCUGAGUUCAAAAACGCGGAGGACGCAGUUCUGCGGAGCCAUUAUCUUGUCGCCGAUCUGCGACAACUAAGGAGGAAAGCGAUUAGUAGCUUGAGAGACACAUCAAUGCUGCCGACAAUCCUCGGGAACCGACGACCAACAGUUCUCUUACUGGUGGAAUCAACCGCUAUUGGAAAUCCACGGCCCUCGAGGAAAAUGAUACCAAGAAUCCAGAGCCAGAGCACGAGAAACAGAGUCAGACAGGUUGAAAUAAAGGUCUAGAUAUCGUCGCUGGACAGUAAUGAGACCUGCUGAUGAUGGACACGCCCGUUGGUCUCUCAGGCUAGCAUUGACGAGUCUCAAAUAGCCCCUGGGCGCCG